UACACCACGCCACCACAGUCUCAGUGCCACUAUAUAUACAUGCUGUCGCCGCCGGCGAUACGUAGAGCAGCCAGUCAGUCAGGCGGCGUUACAGUACGUCCAUUCGGCGCCUUAAUCUCGUGACGACACAGACACCAACCUCCUGUCCUGCACCAAACGCUCGCAACAAGAGAAAGAAAGAUCGUUCGUUCGUUUCCAACGAGAUUGAUCGGCCUGUCUAGUCUAGCCAUCAAUGUCGUCGCUCCACAGGUGCCUGCCGUGGCUGAUCCUCCUCCUGGUGCUCCGCGACGGCGGCGGGGGGACGGCGGUGGCGGCUGCCGGGAAGGUGCCGGCGAUCAUCGUGUUCGGCGACUCCUCGGUGGACACGGGCAACAACAACUUCAUCCCGACCAUCGCGCGGAGCAACUUCUGGCCCUACGGGCUCGACUUCGCGGACGGCCACCCCACGGGCCGCUUCUCCAACGGCCGCCUCGCCACCGACUUCAUCUCGGAGGCCUUCGGCCUGCCGGCCUCCAUCCCGGCCUACCUCGACACCACGCUCACCAUCGACGACCUCGCCGCGGGCGUCUCCUUCGCGUCUGCCUCCACCGGCCUCGACAACGCCACCGCCGGCAUCCUGUCCGUGAUCACCAUGGCGGAGCAGCUCGAGUACUUCAAGGAGUACAAGCUGCGGCUGAAGCUGGCCAAGGGCGACGCGCGCGGCGAGGAGAUCAUCCGCGAGGCGCUCUACAUCUGGAGCAUCGGCACCAACGACUUCAUCGAGAACUACUACAACCUGCCGGAGCGCCGGAUGCAGUACACGGCGGCGGAGUACGAGGCGUACCUGCUGGGGCUCGCCGAGUCGUCCAUCCGCGCCGUGUACGCGCUCGGCGGCAGGAAGAUGGACUUCACGGGGCUCACGCCCAUGGGCUGCCUCCCCGCUGAGCGCAUGGGCAACCGCGGCGACCCCGGGCAGUGCAACGAGGAGUACAACGCCGUCGCCCGGAGCUUCAACGCCAAGCUGAAGCAGGCCGUCGUCCCCAAGCUCAACAAGGAGCUCCCCGGCCUCCACCUCGUCUACGCCGACACCUACGACGUCCUCGACGCCGUCGUCAGGAAGCCGGCCGACUACGGUUUUGAGAACGCAGAGCGAGGGUGCUGCGGGACGGGGAUGUUCGAGGCCGGCUACUUCUGCAGCCUGAGCACCUCGCUGCUAUGUACGAACCCCAACAAGUACGUCUUCUUCGACGCCAUCCAUCCCACGGAGAGGAUGUACAAUAUGCUUGCCGAUAAAGUCAUGAACACCACGCUUCAUGUAUUUCUCUGAAUUUCAGUUCGGUUUUCUCGGUUGAGAAGACAAUAUAUGGAGGGAUGACCGUAUAUGUUGUGUGUGCGUGUUUAUGCUCUAUGAAAACGAUACAUCAUGUUACACUGAUCCAUGGCGAUCGACCAUGUGUACAUGUAGUACGCAAUGGACUGUAAAUGAAAGCUUUUUGUUAGUUUUGUA